GUUACGCUAGCUGUUAGUCGAGCGCGCGGCCGCGCCAGACGCUAUUGCUGCAGAGAGCAGCCAGAACCGCUUCGGGAGUGCCAAAACUACGUCUUCUUGCAGUCCGCAACGUCACAUCCAUCUCUGCCGCGAGACACAGUCCGAGCCGAGCCCUGCCACUGCCAGUAGUGAAACCAUGCGCCGAGGCACCGACAGCCACCGUACGCCGGUCUCGGAGAAGAAGGCGGCGCCGCAAAAGCGCCGCCUCAAUCUGUCCUGCCUCUUCCCGCUCUACGUCGUCAUCGCGCUGGGCUGGCUCGCGUCCGUGCGCCUCCGACCGGCAAGGCGGGUGCCCACCGGCGACGCGGCUACUCUGGAACGUGCGAGAGCCGCGGGCUGUCUGUCAUCAUUGGAUGAAUUAUCCGAAGCCGAACGCCGCCCCACCAAAAGUCGGAGGCACAUGGUCGAGCCACCUCCGUCGACAAUAGCGCUGGUCUGCUGCCUUACGACGAAGGGGCCCUUGUCCAUAGCUAUAAGGCCGCGCUGGGCGCCGCGCGGCGCGAGACGCUUCUACGACAUGGUGAGAUCAAAUUACUUUUCAGCAAGAGUACCACUCUUCCGCUGCAUCAAGAAUUUUCUGUGCCAAUGGGGCAUCGCGGGUCGCGAGCACACGCCAGAUGAGUUCAGAAAAAGUUUCGCGGACGACCCGUCGUGGCUGCCGUGGGGGCCGAAGUUUUGGAGUGUCGAUGGGGUGGCGAGGUUCGCCGAAGGGUAUCUCGCGUAUGCGGGAGGCGGGAAAAAUUCCCGGGGCAACCAGUUCAUUUUGGGAUUGGUGCCCAACCAACGGUUAUGUGGUGGGAGCCCCUGGGAGGUGCCAUGGGGGGAGCUCGUCGGCGAGAGGUCGUUCGCCACUCUAUCUCAGAUCCACACGGGCUACGGCGACAACGGCCCGACGCAGGGGUAUUUACAUUCGCAUGGCGCGGACGCGGCGCUUGCUUCGAAGUUUCCGCUGCUGGACUACGUGGACAGUUGCGACGUCGUGGAUGAUGAGACUUCCGAGGCGGACUGGGCGCCCUAUCCAGACGGGUUCGUGCAUGCCACGUUCGCGAAGAGCUCGUAAGUUUGUG